UCAGUAAUGAUUUCGCACUCGAAUACGUAUACAAUAAUGGCUUUUUCAAGCACGGUAGCUUGGAUUUUGACUGUUGUGGGCCUCUUUGUGGGUUUAUCAAAGGGACGACCAACUCUGCUCGUAUUUUGGUUACUGUUUACUUCCUUUGCAACUGACGCCCAACAUUUCAAGCACUGGACUAUUUCAUAUUUGGGCAUCUUUUACGAGGUUACUUGCUUAUACUUGGUAUUCAGAUACUUCAGAAGAUUAUAUUCCUACAUGCUUUUGGAGGGCGACAACUACGAUGCGACCUUUAAAGGAACAGAAGAUUACAAGGGUAACGAAACUGAAACAGAAACUGAAACAAAGAAGGGAACUACUGAAAAGAGCACUGAUAGAUAUUAA